AUGUCGCAUGCAGGUCCUUCUCUUCUUCUUCGCAAUCUUCAUUGUUCCCUUCCUGCAAUUGGUCGACUUUACGAAGGUGUAGAUUCUGCCCUUGUUGGUGUGUCGGGUGGUGGUCGUGGGGUCUCUUCCCCCAUUACUUUACCGCGUGAUGUCUCCACAAGAGAGGAGGGAGAGACUCUGCUGGACUUUUUCUGCCAGGAACUUCACAUGGGAGCAUCUUCCUUACGGCGUUGGCGCUCUGGUUUGGCAAAGGCUGUUCAACGCCGUUGGUGGUCUAGUGAGGGAGAUAACACUCAGAAAAUAAAUUCUGUAUUAUUACCCAAAGAGAGUGAUGAUGUCCUCUUUGUCCGUAGUGCUAUUAACGAUUUAAAGGCGAUUGUUUCACCUUUUUUAACGUUAAAACAACCAGAAACUAAAAAUGUUACAUAUGGGAGUUCUUUUGUGGCCACUCGUCGUAUAUUACCUGGUGUCUUUUUAUUGAGUUUGCCUGUAGCGGCUGUUUUCUUUGCGCAUCCACCGCCUUCAAGUGAUCCGGUGACUUCUUUCUUUAUGCAUGUGGAAGAUCUCGUAGGUCAACUUGUAGUGGCAGGGGGUGACACUGAACCUGAUGGUUGGUGUCCUUCACACGCAGGUUACGUGAAUUACUUGAAAAAGUCUGUUGUACCGAGUAAUAAUUUACCUUUUCUAGAGAAGGAAGAAAUAUUUGGGAUUUUAAAAGAGGAGAAAAGGAAUAUGUCAGGUAAAAAGUCGGUUACUAAAAAUAAUUUGGAGAAGAGUCCUGCGAUUCAACUAUGGGAAUAUUUUCAUGAUGAUAUGAAUGGUUUACCUCUUAGUGCAUUUUUACGACAACGACUCUCAAAAGAGGAAUAUGCUUGGUGGGUAAGUUUAGUUUUAUCCCGACGUUCUGGAGCUGCAACGCUUAUUCCUGUGUUGGAUAAACUUAAUCAUCACCCUGAGCCUAAUUGCUAUUAUACAAUGUCUACUGAAGAGAGUUUUUGUGGGAUUGAUGUUUUUGAUAAUCUUUUAGCUGGUGUUCCAUUAGAAUUUUUGUAUGAACCUUAUAUCCAUGCCUUUAGUAUCCGUGAAAUACAUGAGGGAGAGGAGCUUACACUCUGCUACGCCUCACCCACUGUACACGUUAAACAAGGCAGAUCAACAUCAGGUGGGAUUUCAGUAUCAUCUCCUGAAGGUCGAGCUGCGUGGCAAGUACAAUGGGGUUUUAUUCCAGAAAUGGACUCACCUUAUUCUUCUGAUGACUUGAAGGAGGUGGCUACUAUUGUGGCCGAACGUCGUGUAGACCUCCGUCAGAUGCAUUUCCCACCUGACAAGUAA